CUUGCACUGAGACUAGAUGGUGGGAAUUAAACUGUUUGCAUGUUGCGUAUGUUUUUCUUUUUUUUUCUUCUUUUUUUUUGGCUCCACGCAAAAAAAAAAAAGAUGACAGAGGGAGUCAUUUUUAGUUCUCGCGCUCCGACGUCACCAGAACCUCGAGCGCCUGCAUGCAAAUCACGUCUCCACCGAAGCCUCUCCAUUGGCCGCCUGGCGCUCAUUUAGCUGCUGUCACAGCGCGCGGCCCGAGCACGCUCCGGAAACUUUUCCCAGUACAGCUUCAGCCAAAGUGAGCCCGAGCGACCGGUUCCUAUCACUGUGGGCGCUCGCUGAUCUGAUCGACAGGGCGGGGGAGGGAGGGGGGGGACGAGAGGCGAGAAAGAAAAGGGGAACAAGUUGACCUCUGGGUGGAUUUGACCCUGAGAGCGCAGCGUCUUCGCGUCCCUCCGCGCGUCUUUUCACACUCGUUUUGUCGCUCUGUUGCUCGGAGGUCCAGCGGGCCAGACUGAAUGAGUCUGGGUGUUUGACGGAGCAGUGUUGUCCUACCAAGACCGGGUGAAUGUACAGCAUAAUGAUGGAGACGGACUUACACUCCCCCGUGGUGCCCCAGACCAACCCGGCGAACCCGGGGGGACACGCGGGCGGAGCGGGCGGGGGGCCCGGCGGCAAAGUCCCGCAGGACAGGAUCAAGAGACCCAUGAACGCCUUCAUGGUCUGGUCCCGGGGCCAGCGGAGGAAAAUGGCCCAGGAGAACCCCAAGAUGCACAACUCCGAGAUCAGCAAGCGGCUGGGCGCCGAGUGGAAGGUGAUGACCGAGGCGGAGAAGAGACCCUUCAUCGACGAGGCGAAGCGGCUGCGGGCCAUGCACAUGAAGGAGCACCCGGACUACAAGUACCGGCCGCGCAGGAAGACCAAGACGCUGCUGAAGAAGGACAAGUACUCGCUGGCCGGCGGGCUCCUCGGCUCCCCGGUGGGUGUCGGGAUGGGGGGAGGACAGAGGCUGGAGAGUCCCGGCGGGGGCCACGUCGGGGGAAAUAUGGGCUACGCCACGCACGUCAACGGCUGGGCGAACGGCGCGUACUCGGGCCAGGUGGCGGCCGCGGCCGCGGCGGCUCACGCGAUGAUGCAGGAGGCGCAGCUGGCGUACACGCAGCACCCGGGCUCCGGAGGACACCCGCACCAUCACCCGCACCACCACCCGCACCACCACCCGCACCACAACCCGCAGCCCGUGCACAGGUACGACAUGAGCGCGCUGUCCUACAGCCCCAUCUCGAACUCCCAGGGCUACAUGAGCGCGUCCCCGCCGGGCUACGGCGGGAUCACCGGCUACACCCACCAGCACCAAAGCUCCGGCGUCUCCCCGGUGUCCGGGACGAUCGGAGGGACUCUGGGGUCCCUGGUGAAAUCGGAGCCCAGCGUGAGCCCCCCGGUGUCCGCGGCGCGCGGACCGCCCCCGUGCCCCGCGGGGGACCUGCGGGACAUGAUCAGCAUGUAUCUGCCAUCCGGAGAGGUGGCGGGGGACGCCGCGGUGCACAGCAGACUACACGUGCUCCACCCGCAGCACUACCAGAGCAGCGGCUCCACUCCGGUAAACGGGACGGUUCCUCUGACUCAUAUUUAAAUCUCUAAAUGUACUAAAGGCACUACAGACCACAACCAAAUAUUUAAAAAAAAAAACUAGAUGUGGGCGCAGGCUGCUGAGGAAUUGUAAAUUAUAGGCGGUUACAGCCAUAAAAAUGCAAUCACUUUGAACAAACUUUUUUUAUUGUCGUUUUUAUUUUCUUUCAGUGAUGGAUUUUUGUCUGUCCGAGCUAAGGAAAGCGCACCCAAUCUACUUUUGCUCUCUGGAACAGAGCAUGCCAAGUUUUGACACGAUUUAAAUUAUAAUCCGUGAAGGCUGGCGCAUUUUGAAGGUUAUUUUUUUUCCGACUUUUCUGUGGAAAAUUAAAGGCACCAGCUGUGUGUUUGGAGGGUCCCGAAAACCUGUUUAAAGAGGGAACCGUAUAAUUAAUGGAGGGCGGUGUGGAAGAUGUGUUAUAAACAAAAAAAAGUUUCAAGGCUGCAAUUUAAAUUGAUUUCCAGUUUUAAUGCUUGUAAACAUGUGAGUCAGUCGGUGUAAUUUGAAUUUGUUUUGUUGUUGUAAAAUCUUGUAAAUUGUGAAUAAAUAGGCCUACUGAAAACA